UCAAGCAGACGGUAACGGCGCAGAGACGGAAAGACCGAUGGCGAGUGAGCGAGCCAUUCGCAUCAUCUAUGUGACAGAGACAGGGACUGCUCGGGAUGUGGGCGAGUUCAUUGGCCGUGAAGCUGGCCGCUAUGCCCUCACGGCGAGUGUGGAGGACGUGGCUGGCGUCGAGCCGGCGAGCCUGGCCACCGACUCGAGGGUGACGGUAUGGGUGGUGGCUACCACGGGCCAGGGGGAGAUGCCGACGCGCAUCCGACCGCUCUGGCGCCUACUGCUUCGCAAGUCACUUCCUCGGAAUGCGCUUGCUGGUCACUCGUUUGCUGUCUUUGCCCUCGGCGACUCGGGCUAUCGCCUCUACAACGCUGCCGGCCGCAAGCUCUUCAAGCGCCUGAGCCAGCUCGGCGCCUACCCGGUCAUCCCGCGCGGCGAGGGCGAUGAUCAGCACCCGCACGGACUUGAUGGUGCCUUGCAUCCUUGGCUCGACCUACUUUGGGAGCAUCUUCUCCUCCGCCACCCGCUACCGCCCGGUCACACUGUCCUCACCCGCCAGGAGCUCGGCUGCCCGCCACCCCGCUACCAGCUCGAGCUUCUCCCCCGCGACGCGCCGUGCGCAUCGCCCACCGAGCGCGAUGCUGUCCGCGGAGCCGCACUUCGCAUCGCGGAUCUCGGCUCCGCCAAGGUAGUCUCCAAUGCCCGCCUCACCGCUCUCGACCACUGGCAGGACGUGCGCCACAUCGAGCUUGCUCUCGACCCACCAGCGGCCUACGUCCCAGGCGACGUCAUCAACAUUCUUCCGUCGAACACGCCUGCCAUGGUCGAUGCUUUUGCCGAGCUUCUCAACCUUGACCUCGACGCCGUCGUCUCGAUCGAAGCCGCACCCGAUGCGCCUCCGGCCUCCACUCCGCUCGCCGGCCUCGUCGUCUCGCUGAGAGACCUCUUCACCCACGUCAUUGACAUCACAGCCUCGCCGCGGCGGUACUUUUUUGAGCUCGCCCCCUGGCUUGCCUCCGAUGAUCGCGAGGUCGAGCGCCUCACCGAGUUUGCCUCGCCCGGCGGUCAAGACGAGCUCUACGAUUACAACUAUCGCGACGCCCGCUGGCCGGUCGAGGUCUUUACUGACUUUCCGUCGCUCCGCCCGCCACUCCACUACCUAUUGGACAUGCUGCCGCUCAUCCAGCCCCGCGCCUACUCGAUCUCGUCGCCGCCGGAUGCGAGCCCGGCCACAACCGCGAGCAUCACCCUCGCCGUCGUCUCGUACACUACCAAGAUCAAGACUCCGCGUCACGGCCUGGCCUCGGCCUGCCUCGCUCAAGCUGAGCAGGGCGCACGGCUCCCGGUCUUUGUCUCGCGCGGCGCCAUCUCUCUCCCACCGCCCCAACUGCCAAUGGUCCUCGUCGGGCCCGGGACCGGCAUCGCGCCGUUUAUGGCUUUCCUCGCCGCCCGCGCCGAUGCGCAUGCCGCGGCUGGCACAACCCCGGACCUUCCAGACAUGCUCUUCUUUGGUAACCGCGACCCGGCUGCCGACAACCUGUACAGCGCCCAGCUUGCCGCCUGGGAAGCUGCUGGCUACAUCACCGUCUUCUACGCCUGGUCGCGCCCGGUCUCUGGCGUGCCCAAGGCGUACGUUCAGGAUCGGAUGCGCGAGCCCGAGCCCGCGGCUGCUCUCUGGCACCUGCUCUCCUCCGCCGCCGGCGUUGUCUACAUCUGCGGCUCGGCCAAGAAAAUGCCGGGAGCGGUCAAGGAUGCGCUCGUGGACGUCGCCACUUCGGCCGGCGGCCUUGCCCGGCCUGACGCCGAGGCCUGGCUCAAGUCGCUCGUCAAGUCGCGCCGCCUCCUCGAGGACACCUGGAUGUAGCUACCGGCUCUUUCUCUCUCUCACGAGCUCUGCGAAUGAACCGCCGCAAACUCG